UUUCGAUCCCACCACUCUAUUUUUUCCCUCUCUUCCUACUCUUUUAAAAAACCCUAACAGAAGUACAACGAAUCAAGGAAGAAGCACGGAUCGAUCUGCGAUCCUUAAUCGGGAAAUCAUCUAAAGCUUUGCGCUAAAAUCAGAUCACAUUCUUCAAGUGUCCAUGGACGUACAAAAACACUAUCGAACAGGAUCAUCUGGAAAAGCCGUAAACAAGUUGAGCAUUGAGCUGAAGGAUCUUAUCAAGAACAGAGCUAGUUCGAAGUCAGAGCUUAGAAGUCUGAGAAUCUCUAAGGAUUUCAUUGAGCGGAAUCAACUAUUGGAGGAAAAAGAUUACUUCAGAACCCAGAAAUCAAAAGAUCUCAGUAUAUUGAACCACAGAAUCGACACGAUCGAAGCUUCUUUAAGCCGUGCCCAAAGGAGAAAUGAGGAUUCGUCAAUGGAUGAAAUCCUUGAAAAGAUUAAGAUCCAGUCCGCUCUAAUUGAUGAAAAUGCGCAAAAUUGAUGAUCUUCGUUCUAGAAUUGCUGAAUUGAAGAACGCUGAUGUGUCUGCCACUUCCAGCUCCAGUGUCAGCAGUUCCAGCUCUAGUGUGACCAGUUCCAACUCCAAUGUCAUCACUUAUCUGGAUGUGGCAAGGAGGGGCCUGCAAUGAGAAAGCUAGCGGAGCAAGGGAUCUGAGGCCUCAAAGGAAGUGCAGAAUGAUGAUUCCAGUAAAUAGUAGUUGGGGAUGAAUUUGUCAGCUCAGUGGACAUAUUAUAGUGUUAGUCUUUCCAGAUACAGAUGGUACAUUGAAUGGUAGAUAAUAGUAGGAAUGUGAGAUCAGUACCCUCUAUGUUGUUAUCACAGCGAUCUGUGUGUUUGUGUUUUGCAACGUCUCUUUGCACCCGGCAGUAAGUUGUCAGUUCUGCGUAAUAAUUGCUCGAACUCAUUUGAUGAGGUAUCUUAAUUGUGUAGAAUUGUUUAUCAUAUAACCAGCUCGUAAAG